GCUCACGCUGCCCCCGCAGCUCCGGCUCGGCGCAGGCAGGAGCGGCUCUCUGGACGCCGAGCCCGGGAAGCGGAGGGAGGCGGGCUCGGCGAGCGGCGGCUGCGGCCGAGGCGCUGGGGCGGCCGUUGCUCCUCCGGCCCGGGAGGUCGGCUAUCGCCGGGCGUCCGAGGGGGCGCCGCGUCCCCGGAGCCGGGGCUGCCCGCCGGGCUGUCCGUGCGUCUUCCCGAGAGCUCCGGCCGGGGCGCAGCGGAGGGCAGAGCCGCCGGUCUCCAUCCUCGGGCCGGCAGGAGGCUCUGCGCCCGGGCGCCGGCGACAGCCCGCGUCGCGAAGCCCAGCACCCGCCCCCGCCGCCCGGCGGCUGGCGCGGACAUGGGCGCUCAGGGCUGCGCGCCCGGCUCCGGGACCCGCAAAGUUUGCUAGCCGGCUGGGCGCGGAACCGAGGGCGCGCCUGGCCCCAGCGCCCCCCGAGGAGACCCGGCGUCUCCGGAUUCGGCGCGAGGGCGGUGGAGCCCAGAGGGGGUGGUGCGGCCCAGCCAGAUGCCGCCUGCAAAGUUAGAGAGAAGAAAACUUCAGCUCCAGGGAGAUUCGGACCGCUAUGCUCACCGCGCCCCCCGAAACCGGCGCCCCUAAAAGAACCCCCGCACCCGCGUCUGCCGCUGCCCUCGGCUCUGGCCGGGUCCCGGGGGCCCGGCGCCUGGAACGGCGGUGACUGCGUCGGACUGGAGAACCCAACCAGGGGGCGGGGAGGGGGCGGGCAACGUGGCCACGGGAGGAAGUUUCCUGAAGUUGUCCAUUUAUUCCGGAGCUCGGCCGGCGACCCGGCCGGAUCGCAGAGGCCGCCCUGUUUGGGAGAAGUCGGAGUUAGGGUGCUAAGGGAGAGAGGCGCCCUAGUCCGAGAGGGCGGCCUGGCUUCUUUCUCCCUGCUCGCCCCCUCGCCUUCCGGGCGCGCUGCCGGCCUUGGACUAGUACAGAAGAGGAGGAAGGGUUGGGGUGGCCAGCGCUGCCCCUCCCGGGCAUAUUACGCCCCGGGGCACGGAGCCGCGUAGACUGUUUCCUGGGACGAAGCCACGGGGUAUCGGACCCCACCAGGAUUAUAAAACAGGGCGGAGGGAAGGGAGACCCCGAGGACCCCCCUCCAGGCUGGUCACCAUGUGGGGACUUUUGAUCUGGACGCUGCUAGCUCUGCAUCAGAUCCGCGCGGCCAGAGCCCAAGAUGAUGUGUCCCCAUAUUUCAAGACGGAGCCUGUGCGAACACAGGUGCACCUGGAAGGAAACCGCCUGGUGCUCACAUGCAUGGCCGAGGGCAGCUGGCCGCUGGAGUUCAAGUGGCUGCACAACAACAGGGAGCUGACCAAGUUCUCCCUGGAAUACAGAUACAUGAUCACCAGCCUGGACCGCACCCACGCUGGCUUCUACCGUUGCAUUGUGCGGAACCGAAUGGGGGCCCUGCUGCAGCGGCAAACCGAGGUCCAGGUGGCCUACAUGGGGAGCUUUGAGGAGGGUGAGAAGCACCAGAGCGUCUCCCACGGAGAAGCAGCUGUCAUCCGUGCCCCGCGCAUCGCCAGCUUCCCCCAGCCACAGGUGACCUGGUUCCGGGACGGCCGCAAGAUCCCGCCCAGCAGCCGCAUAGCCAUCACGUUGGAGAACACCCUUGUCAUCCUGUCAACGGUGGCCCCUGACGCAGGUCGCUACUAUGUGCAGGCUGUUAACGACAAGAACGGGGAUAACAAGACCAGCCAGCCCAUCACACUCGCCGUAGAGAAUGUAGGGGGGCCUGCAGACCCCAUCGCACCCACCAUCAUCAUCCCACCUAAAAACACCAGCGUGGUGGCCGGGACCUCGGAGGUUAUCUUGGAGUGUGUGGCCAAUGCCAGGCCCCUGAUCAAGCUACAUAUCAUUUGGAAGAAGGACGGGGUGUUGCUGUCAGGCGGCAUCAGUGACCACAACCGCCGGCUCACCAUCCCCAACCCCACUGGCAGCGACGCCGGCUACUAUGAGUGUGAGGCUGUCCUGCGCAGCAGCAGCGUCCCCUCUGUCGUCCGGGGCGCCUACCUCUCAGUGCUGGAACCGCCUCAGUUUGUCAAGGAGCCAGAAAGACACAUCACUGCAGAGAUGGAGAAAGUGGUGGACAUCCCCUGUCAGGCCAAAGGUGUUCCGCCGCCCUCCAUCACCUGGUACAAGGACGCAGCCAUGGUGGAGAUGGAGAAGCUGGCCCGCUUCCGGCAGCGCGGCGAUGGAGGCCUGCAGAUCAGCGGCUUGGUGCCUGAUGACACCGGCAUGUUCCAGUGCUUCGCCCGCAAUGCAGCCGGCGAGGUGCAAACUUCCACCUACCUGGCUGUCACCAGCAUCGCCCCUAACAUCACCAGAGGCCCUCUGGACAGCACGGUGAUCGACGGCAUGUCAGUGGUGCUAGCAUGUGAGACCUCGGGGGCGCCCCGACCAGCUAUCACUUGGCAGAAAGGGGAGCGCAUCUUGGCCAGUGGCUCCGUGCAGCUGCCUCGCUUCACGCCCCUGGAGUCGGGCAGCCUCCUCAUCAGCCCCACACACAUCUCCGAUGCGGGGACCUACACCUGCCUGGCCACCAACUCUCGGGGGGUCGACGAGGCCUCAGCAGACCUAGUCGUUUGGGCUCGGACCCGCAUCACCAAGCCCCCCCAGGAUCAGAGUGUCAUCAAGGGCACCCAGGCAUCCAUGGUGUGCGGAGUGACCCACGACCCCCGAGUGACCAUCAGGUACAUCUGGGAGAAGGACGGGGCCACCCUGGGCAUGGAGAGCAAUCCUCGUAUCCGCCUGGACAGAAACGGCUCCCUGCACAUCUCACAGACGUGGUCGGGAGACAUCGGCACAUACACCUGCCGGGUGAUCUCAGCGGGAGGCAACGACUCUCGCAGUGCCCACCUGCGAGUCAAGCAACUGCCCCACGCGCCCGAGCACCCAGUGGCCACUCUCAGCACCGUGGAAAGACGAGCCAUCAACCUGACGUGGACCAAGCCCUUUGAUGGCAACAGCCCCCUGAUCCGCUACGUCCUGGAGAUGUCGGAGAACAAUGCCCCCUGGACUGUACUCCUGGCCAGCGUGGACCCCAAAGCUACCUCAGUGACAGUCAAGGGCCUGGUUCCUGCACGCUCCUACCAGUUCCGUCUUUGUGCCGUCAACGACGUGGGGAAAGGACAGUUCAGCAAAGACACCGAGAGGGUCUCCCUCCCCGAGGAGCCCCCCACGGCCCCUCCACAGAACGUCAUCGCCAGCGGUCGAACCAACCAGUCCAUCAUGAUCCAGUGGCAGCCGCCUCCUGAGAGCCACCAGAAUGGAAUUCUCAAGGGCUACAUCAUCAGGUACUGCCUGGCCGGGCUGCCCGUAGGGUACCAGUUUAAGAACAUCACGGAUGCUGAUGUGAACAAUCUGCUGCUGGAGGAUCUCAUCAUUUGGACCAACUACGAGAUCGAGGUGGCUGCUUACAACAGCGCCGGGCUGGGGGUCUACAGCAGUAAAGUCACCGAGUGGACGCUGCAGGGAGUUCCCACGGUCCCUCCGGGCAACGUGCACGCAGAAGCCACCAAUUCCACGACCAUCCGCUUCACCUGGAACGCCCCCAGCCCCCAGUUCAUCAACGGCAUCAACCAGGGCUACAAGCUGAUCGCCUGGGAGCCGGAGCAGGAAGAGGAGGUUACCAUGGUGACCGCCCGGCCUAACUUUCAAGACAGCAUCCACGUGGGCUUCGUGUCUGGCCUGAAGAAGUUCACCGAGUACUUCACCUCGGUGCUGUGUUUCACCACCCCCGGAGACGGGCCACGCAGCACCCCACAGCUGGUGCGCACCCAUGAGGAUGUGCCUGGGCCCGUGGGACACCUGAGCUUCAGUGAGAUCCUGGACACAUCGCUGAAGGUCAGCUGGCAAGAGCCGGGAGAGAAAAAUGGAAUCCUCACAGGGUACCGGAUCUCCUGGGAGGAGUACAAUCGAACCAACACCCGUGUGACCCACUACCUGCCCAACGUGACCCUGGAGUACCGUGUCACGGGCCUCACCGCACUCACCACCUACACCAUCGAGGUGGCCGCCAUGACCUCGAAGGGCCAGGGCCAAGUGUCCGCCUCCACCAUCUCCUCUGGGGUGCCCCCAGAACUCCCAGGGCCCCCCACCAACCUGGGCAUUUCUAACAUCGGCCCCCGCUCCGUGACCUUGCAGUUCAGGCCAGGCUAUGAUGGGAAAACCUCCAUCUCCCGCUGGCUGGUGGAAGCCCAGGUAGGCGUGGUUGGGGAGGGAGAGGAGUGGUUGCUGAUCCACCAGCUCUCCAACGAGCCCGAUGCCCGCUCCAUGGAGGUGCCCGACCUCAACCCCUUCACCUACUACAGCUUCCGCAUGCGCCAGGUGAACAUCGUGGGCACCAGCCCCCCCAGUCAGCCUUCUAGAAAGAUCCAGACCCUGCAGGCGCCCCCUGACAUGGCCCCAGCCAAUGUGUCUCUGCGCACAGCCAGUGAGACCAGCCUGUGGCUGCGCUGGAUGCCUCUCCCGGAGAUGGAAUACAAUGGGAACCCUGAGUCCGUGGGCUAUAAGAUCAAGUACAGCCGGUCAGACGGGCAUGGCAAGACGCUGAGCCACGUGGUGCAGGACCGUGUGGAGCGGGAGUACACCAUCGAGGACCUGGAGGAGUGGACAGAGUACCGCGUCCAGGUCCAGGCCUUCAACGCCAUCGGGAGUGGGCCCUGGAGCCAGACAGUGGUGGGCAGGACCCGGGAGUCAGUCCCCUCUUCCGGCCCCACCAAUGUGUCUGCACUGGCCACCACCUCCAGCAGCAUGCUGGUGCGCUGGAGCGAGGUCCCCGAGGCCGAUCGCAACGGGCUCGUGCUGGGCUAUAAGGUGAUGUAUAAGGAGAAGGACUCGGACGCCCAGCCCCGAUUCUGGCUGGUGGAAGGCAACUCAUCUCGCAGUGCCCAGCUCACUGGCUUGGGCAAAUACGUGCUCUAUGAGGUCCAGGUGCUGGCCUUCACACGCAUCGGGGACGGCAGCCCCAGCCACCCUCCCAUCCUGGAGCGGACGCUGGAUGAUGUCCCAGGACCACCCAUGGGCAUCCUGUUCCCAGAGGUGCGGACCACGUCUGUGCGGCUGAUCUGGCAGCCCCCUGCUGCUCCCAAUGGCAUCAUUCUGGCUUACCAGAUCACACACCGGCUCAACACCACCACGGCCAACACCGCCACUGUGGAGGUGCUGGCACCCAGCGCCCGGCAGUACACAGCCACGGGCCUCAAGCCAGAGUCUGUCUACCUGUUCCGCAUCACGGCCCAGACCCGCAAGGGCUGGGGAGAGGCUGCCGAGGCCUUGGUGGUGACCACUGAGAAAAGAGUCCGCCCGCAGCCCCCCAGCAGACCAAUGGUGCAGCAGGAGGAUGUGAGAGCACGCAGCGUGCUGCUGUCCUGGGAGCCGGGGAGCGAUGGGCUCUCCCCUGUGCGCUAUUACACCAUCCAGACCCGCGAGCUGCCCAGCGGCAGGUGGGCACUGCACUCGGCCUCCGUGAGCCACAACGCCUCCAGCUUCAUUGUGGACAGGCUGAAGCCCUUCACGUCCUACAAGUUCCGAGUGAAGGCGACCAAUGACAUUGGCGACAGCGAGUUCAGCGAGGAGUCGGAGUCACUGACCACCCUGCAGGCCGCCCCCGACGAAGCACCCACCAUCCUCUCCGUGACGCCCCACACCACCACCUCCGUGCUAAUCCGAUGGCAGCCGCCAGCAGAGGACAAGAUCAAUGGCAUCCUCCUGGGCUUCCGGAUCCGAUACCGGGAGCUGCUCUAUGAAGGACUGAGGGGCUUCACGAUUCGAGGCAUCAACAACCCAGGGGCCACAUGGGCCGAGCUUACCCCCACACACUCCAUACGGAACCUGAGCCGGCCCAGCCUCACGCAGUACGAGCUGGACAACCUGAACAAGCACAGGCGAUAUGAGAUACGGAUGAGCGUGUACAAUGCUGUGGGCGAGGGGCCCUCCAGCCCCCCUCAGGAGGUCUUUGUCGGGGAGGCAGUGCCCACAGCAGCACCUCGUAACGUGGUCAUCCACGGCGCCACGGCCACACAGCUGGACGUGACUUGGGAGCCACCUCCGCUGGACAGCCAGAAUGGAGACAUCCAGGGGUACAAGAUUUAUUUCUGGGAAGCCCAACGGGGGAACCUCACGGAGCGAGUGAAGACGCUUUUCCUGGCUGAGAACAGCGUGAAGCUCAAGAACUUGACUGGCUACACGGCCUACAUGGUCAGCGUGGCUGCCUUCAACGCCGCUGGGGAUGGGCCUCGGAGCACCCCCACCCAAGGCCAGACUCAGCAAGCAGCCCCCAGCGCUCCCAGCUCGGUCAAGUUCAGUGAGCUGACCACAACCUCAGUGAACGUGUCCUGGGAAGCCCCGCAGUUCCCCAACGGCAUCCUGGAGGGCUACAGGCUGGUGUACGAGCCCUGCAGCCCCGUGGAUGGAGUCAGCAAGAUCGUGACAGUGGACGUGAAGGGGAACAGCCCCCUAUGGCUGAAGGUGAAGGACCUGGCGGAGGGGGUGACCUACAGAUUCCGCAUCAGAGCCAAGACCUUCACCUACGGGCCGGAGAUCGAAGCCAACGUCACCACGGGCCCCGGAGAAGGUGCCCCAGGACCGCCUGGCGUGCCCAUCAUUGUGCGGUACAGCUCUGCCAUCGCCAUCCACUGGUCCAGCGGAGACCCGGGCAAAGGGCCCAUCACCCGCUACGUCAUCGAGGCCAGGCCUUCAGACGAGGGACUAUGGGACAUCCUCAUCAAAGACAUCCCCAAGGAGGUGAGCUCCUACACGUUCAGCAUGGACAUCCUGAAGCCGGGCGUGAGCUAUGACUUCCGGGUCAUCGCGGUCAACGACUAUGGCUUCGGCACCCCCAGCAGCCCCUCCCAGUCUGUGCCAGCCCAGAAAGCCAACCCCUUCUAUGAGGAGUGGUGGUUCUUGGUGGUCAUCGCCCUGGUCGGCCUCAUCUUCAUCUUGCUUCUGGUCUUCGUGCUCAUCAUCCGGGGCCAGAGCAAGAAGUACGCCAAGAAGACAGAUUCGGGGAACAGUGCCAAGUCUGGAGCCCUAGGCCACAGCGAGAUGAUGAGCUUGGAUGAAAGCAGCUUCCCUGCCCUGGAACUCAACAGGCGGCUCUCCGUCAAGAACUCUUUCUGCCGAAAGAACGGCCUGUACACCAGGUCUCCCCCCAGGCCCAGCCCGGGCAGCCUGCACUACUCGGAUGAGGAUGUCACCAAGUACAAUGACCUCAUUCCUGCAGAGAGCAGCAGCCUGACCGAGAAGCCCUCAGAAAUCUCCGACUCUCAGGGAAGUGACAGCGAGUACGAGGUCGAUUCAAACCACCAGAAGGCCCACUCCUUUGUCAACCACUACAUCAGUGACCCCACAUACUACAACUCGUGGCGGCGACAGCAGAAGGGCAUCUCGAGGGCACAGGCCUACAGCUACACGGAGAGCGACUCGGGUGAGCCAGACCACGCCGCCGUCACCAACAGCACCAGCACCCAGCAGGGAAGCCUCUUUCGGCCCAAGGCCAGUCGGACUCCUACGCCCCAGAAUCCCCCCAACCCCCCAAGUCAGCAGAGCACCCUCUACCGUCCCCCCAGCAGCCUGGCCCCAGGCUCCCGGGCUCCCAUAGCAGGAUUUUCAUCAUUUGUUUGACAUCAGAAGAGGAAAAAGCAAGAAAGAGAAAUGGCACCAAACUCCUCCUUUACCCCUCCUCUCACCGCCUGCCAGAAAACAAAAACACCAAGAAACCAAAUCAACUUUUCACCUCCUGAGUUUAUUUUUCCAGAGAUUCCAGGGCCAGCAAAGCCGGCAUUCAGAAGGAGGGAGAAAACCGUGAGAGGAUGUGUGUGGCCAGCAGCUCUUCGGCUUUGAGAUGGUGGGAUUCACUGCUCCCUUGGGAAUUACACGGAG